AUGGAAUCUGGAAAUAAUACUCCAACUUCAGAAUUUUUCCUUCUGGGAUUUUCAGAGGAACCUGAAUUGCAGCCCUUCCUCUUUGUUCUGUUCCUGUCCAUGUAUAUGGUCACCUUCAUUGGUAACCUGCUCAUCAUCCUGGCCAGUGUCUAUGACUCCCACCUCCACACACCCAUGUACUUCUUCCUCUCCAAUCUGUCCUUUUCUGACAUCUGUUUUAUCUCCACCACUGUCCCAAAGAUGCUGGUGAAUAUUCAGACACAGAGCAAAGCCAUUUCCUAUGGAAGCUGCCUCACCCAGAUAUCCUUAUUUGUACUCUUUGCUGGUUUGGAGGACUUCCUCUUGGCUGUAAUGGCCUAUGACCGCUACAUGGCCAUUUGUCACCCCCUGCACUACACAGUCACCAUGAACCCCCGGGUCUGUGUACUGCUGGUUCUGGUGUCCUGGUUCAUGACUACCUUGAAUUCCUUGGUACAAAACUCAAUGAUAUGGCAACUCUCCUUCUGUACACCUUUGGAAAUCCCCCACUUUUUCUGUGAACUUAAUCAGAUGGUCCAACUUGCCUGUUCAGAUACCUUCAUCAAUCACAUAGUGAUGUACUUUUCAGCUGGGCUGCUGGGUAUAGGUCCUCUUGUUGGGGUCCUCUUCUCUUACUAUAAGAUUGUGUCCUCAAUACAUGCAAUUUCAUCAGCUCAGGGAAAGUAUAAAGCGUUUUCCACUUGUGUUUCUCAUCUCUCAGUGGUCUCCUUAUUUUAUUGUACAAGCCUAGGGGUGUACUUUAGUUCCAUUGAUGCACACAACACACACUCAAGUGCACCAGCCUCAUUCAUGUACACUGUGGUCACACCCAUGCUGAAUCCAUUUAUCUACAGUCUGAGGAAUAAAGACAUAAAAAGGGCUCUAAGAAAAUUGUUUGGAAGGAAUUCUUAA